AUGAGAGUCAGUGAUCUCAUCAACCAAGAUUUGAAAGAAUGGGAUGUUGGGCUACUGGAGAAUUAUGUUGACCCUGCUGAUAUACCUUACAUAAGGUGUCAGGCUAUAAGCACCACUCAUCGUCGUGAUACUUUCUACUGGAGUUUUAUUAAAAAUGGACAGUAUACAGUCAAAUCAGGAUAUUGGGUAGCUCGCAACUUACUAGAGGAUGUUGAAGAGAAGGAGGUCCUGGAACCUAGUAUAGCGAGUCUUCAAGUCUUUGCUUGGAAGAUAAAAGCUCCACAAAAUAUUUGUCAUCUUAUAUGGAAACUGUUAACUGGUUAUGUGGCAGUGACGAGGAAUCUGGGAAUAGAUAGAGAUCCUUUGGAGCUAGUUCGUUAUGCGGAGAGUGAGUGUCAAGUCUGGUUCAAUGCAAAUGAGAUAACAACAGCCCCACAAGACCUAAAUAAUGAAGAACCUCAAGUCUUAAGCUUGAGGAAUAUUUGCAUGAUAGAUGGCUCAUGGACAUCUACUGCACAGUUUAGUGGAUAUGGAUGGGUCUGGCUAGAUUACUGGGGGAACGUUCAACUAAUGGGGACACGGAAUCACAUUCGAAGAGAGUCUGCAUUACAUUCAGAGAUGGAAGCACUAAGAUGGACAAUGGAGAGUAUGCUCCAGCAUUCAACUUGUCAAAGCUUUGGAACGGACUGCAAGGAUUUGAUUGCAAUGAUCAACGAGCCUCAUGCUUGGCCGAGCUUUGCGACAGAACUGGAGAGGAUAGAGACCCUGAAGAUAUGCUUCCCGGAUUUCAAGAUUACUUAUAUUCCACGAGCACAGAAUCAGAUUACAGAUUUCCUAGCUAGGACUGCGAGGUCUUUCUAUAGAGUACUUUAUUUCAUUGGUUGUUCUAUUCCGGUCUGGUUACCCAUGCAACCUCAAGUUUGA